CAUUGGAGGCUCUAGCAGGGGUGCAUUGCCUCUCACCAGCCCGCUGCCAGCCUCUUAGGGCACCUGGCAUGCAGUGGUCCCCCACCUCUAAAGUGUCCACACCACCUCCAGCUCUGGGGACAGUGGUGGCAUUGAGAAGCCAAGGGAAGUCAGGCUCUGGGCUGAGUGCAAGGUCGCUCUGCUGUUGUCAGGGGUCCUGAGACAGCAGCUGGGGAAUGAGGGGUCCUGAAGGGGGACAUGGGGCCUCUUCGAGGCUGGGAGCUGCCCCCCUGGAGCCAGGCCCCCAAGGCUGAUGCCCUGAGCCAGGCCCUGUACCUCCUCCUCCUGGGGUCCCUCCCCUGGGCUCUUGCCACAGCCCCUUGCAAAGAGGAAGAGUAUCCGGUAGGGUCCGAGUGCUGUCCCAAAUGCAGCCCAGGUUACCGGGUGAAGGAGGCCUGUGGGGAGCUGACUGGCACGGUCUGUGCUCCCUGUGACCCGGGGACCUACACGGCCCACCUCAAUGGCCUGAGCGAGUGUCUGCAGUGCCGAAUGUGUGACCCAGCCAUGGCCCUGGUGACCAGGCAGAAAUGCUCCAGAACAGAGAAUACUGUGUGCGCCUGUGCCCAGGGCCACUUCUGCAUCAGUGAGAACGAGGACGACUGUGUGGAGUGCCGUCCCCACACGCCCUGCAAACCUGGACAGAGGCUAGUGGCCAGAGGCACCGAGCGGAGGGACACGAUGUGUGAAGACUGCCCUCCCGGGACCUUCUCACCCAAUGGGACCCUGGAGCAGUGCCAGCCCUGGACCAUGUGCAGCGGCCCUUUUCAGCGGGAAGCACAUGCUGGGACCAGCAGCUCUGAUGUCACAUGCUCCUCCUGGGGCCCUCCCCUUAUGAGCAGUUUCCUUGGUAUAUUAGUGCUCUUUGUCCUCAUAAGCCUCUGCUUUUGGAUGAAACAUAGAAGGCAGCAUGAGAGAUCCACCAAGUCAAGAACCUUUCAACAGGUAUUACUGGUCAUCUCACUCGCCCUGACCCACUGGAGGUCCCGCAGGCCCCACCGGACGUCACCACAGUGGCCAUGGAGGAGACAGCAUCCAUGCCCCCUGCGGGGGUAUGACCCACUCACUGAUGGACAGCUCCAGGAUGCAGAUGUCUGAGCCAUCUUGGGCAAUGCCUGCUGGGAGCUGCCAGGCCCCCCAAGGGCAGAAUGGGGGUCGUCCCCGGGCGCGCUUCACACUCCUGCAGCAGAGGGAGACUGGCCACUGCUCAGGGAGCUCUGGGGGCCCCACAUGUCUCCCAUUAAUUUUAUGAGGGGCCCAGAGCCCUCCCACGUGAAGACACAGCCACUAGCCACUCUUGGGACCAAGCCCACUCUCCCAGCCCCCUGAGCCUCAGUUUGCUCAUCUGUAGGAUGGGCCUGCUGGCACCUACCUCAUGGCUGGGGUGACACUGGAUGGACCACGAAUGCAGUGCAUGAAUGACUGUUCCACUGGGAAGGGAUUUCUAAAUUGGAGCUGUGUUUGCUCAACAAAUUAAAAUUGGUUUUUAACUUUUCAUUAAAACAUAUACUUCGGAAGA